UUGAAACUUUACUGCGCUUUGUUGUACAUAAACUCAUCUGUUCCGUAAAUCCCAGCAAUUAAUGAUUAAUCACCUUAUCAUUAUAUUGCCUUAAUCCAUCUUCCUCCACACAUAAGCUCGGACCAACCUCUCUCUAAACAUCCGAGAAACAUUUCCUCCUCCUUCUCUCUUCAUUUCUCAACCCCAAAUCAUCAACCCAUCUUCAACCAUAACUAAUCACUUUCUCAUCCAAGAUUAAGUCAAGAUUAGCAUCAAAGCUCCAAGGAUUGUCAUCUAUCACAAGUUUGAUCUUCCUUAUCUCAUUAAAUCUUGUAUUUUAAUCAUGGAUUCAUCUAUUUCUAUGUUUCCCAACAUGUAUAGCUAAAUAAAUUUGGGGCUAGAAAUUGGUUAAUUAAUUGUUCUUAUCAUGUUUUAAUUUGUAUUGAUUUUAAUUGUUAAGUUUGUUCUAUUUAGAUUGUUGUGUCCAGAAAAUUAAUUAUGUCGUGUUUGUGAUAUAUAUUAUGAGUACUCAAUCAUAAACAUAUUGUUUGUUAAAUACACAAAUGAACACUUUCUGAACACACCGUUAAACUUCUUUUACCUUGUCCCGGAUUGAAGUUUUACGGGAGAAUUUAAUUAUUUAAUUAUAUUAUUUACACCACGGGGUUGGGUAAAUAAUAUAGUUAAUAAUUAAGGUUGCCGUUGCACUUAAACAACUAGUCUCAUUUUGGCCAUCACUGGGAAAUGUUGACUAGUUACUUAUUUUAGGUGACUUGUGUUGGGUCCUAAAAUAUUUAUCUACAACUUCUCACAAUCUAUCUAAGAAUAAAAUUAGCAAUUAUGUCUUACAAAUGAGCAUUGAACAAUUAGUUGCCAAUUUCUACCCCUACUUGCUAUUGGUUGAACUUUGUGUUGAUAAAAUCUCUUCUCUCAAUCACUUUUAUUUAAUUAUUUUUCCAAGCAAACAAAAAUCAAAAGAAACGCAUUCCCAACUUUAAUCCUUAGUUUGUGCUUAAUUAUUUUAUUUCCCGCUUCUCUGUGGUUCGACACCCUACUUGCUUGGGUAAAAAAAAAUAGUUGUGUGCCCAUUAUAUGCUACACACCAACUUGGCGCCGUUGCCGGGGAAGCGGUUUUGAAAAAAAAAAAUUGAGAGCAUAAACUUUCGAUUUUAGUUAUUGUAAAUUGUAUGUAUAUUAUUCUGUUGUUAUCUUUUUACCUUUGCAGGUUAAAAAAAAGUGAUUAAUUAAAGUUCAAAAAAAAAAUCAAAAAAAAAAAUCAAAAAAAAAAAAAAUGGACUGUGAUUAAUCAUCUUACCUGAGCAUUGGAGUUGGACUUGUUGACCGAACAUAUCUGGACAUUCAGACCAUUGAACAUAUUUUUACAUUUUAAUUAAAAGGAUACUCCGCCUAUAUGGUCGGACCGCUUACUUGUACAUUAUAAUUCAAAGGAUACUCCGCCUAUAUGGUCGGACCGUUUAUUUUUCUUUUUAUGGUGGUUCAAACCCCAACUUUUUAAUUUCUGCACUUUAAUUAUCGCAAUUUAAUUUGUGCACUUAUAUUAUCGCAAUUUAAUUUCCGCACUUUAAUUUCAGCAUUUUUUUUAAAUUUUGCAUCCCCAAGCUUGUAGGCCGUGUCAACUUGUUGGUGGAGUGCACUUUUUAUUUUUAUUUUUUUUUCUUAAUAAUCCCCAUACUGUCGGCAUAGCUGCAUCUUGGUGGAGACUGUAUUUAUUACUGUGGCUAUUUUUUUUUCUUCCCUCAAAUCACCAUAUCUGUCGGCCUAGCCGCAUCCUGGUGAAUUACUGUAUAUAUUCAUACUGCUUUAAGGACUCACUAGUCUUAUUCGGUUUAUACCAAUUGACUACGUGCGAACCUUAAUUAAUUAAUUAAUUCCGCAUUUAUUUUUUCUUUUCAUCUCUCUCUCUCUUUCCCCAAUCCCAAUUCCCUUCUGCUUAUGCUCACACGUUCACGUGGUGCGAAUUGUGAAUUGUUAUUCUUCUCUAACAUUGAAAAGCACAUACGUGAACAGAAAAAAAUAAAAAAAAUGUCAAACGAUAUUGUUGUUAAUGAGCAGGUACCCGAUCAACAAAUCGUGGAUCAGGUUAUGAGGACCAGAAAAACGCUGUAUGAUUAUGUUACGCCUCCCGUGGAUGAGCAUGACAGUGUUAUUCCACCAGAGGUUAACAUGAAUCACUUUGAAAUCAAGCCUGCUAUCAUUCAUAUGGUUUCAAAUACUCAAUUUGGCGGAGCGCCAACGGAGGAUCCAAAUAAUCACAUCACAAAGUUCCUUCGAGCUUGCAACACCUUCAAAAUCAAUGGUGUACCAACUGAUGCUGUCAGACUACGCCUGUUCCCAUUCUCUCUACGGGAUCGAGCUCAGAGUUGGCUUGACUCUUUUCCAGAUAAUCACUUCUCCACUUGGGAUCAACUUCAUGGUGAAUUUCUCAAAAGAUUUUUCCCGCCAUCUAAAACGGCGAAAAUCCGAAGAAUGAUUCAAAAUUUCAAGCAAAAUCCCAAUGAGCCCCUCUACGAGGCUUGGGAAAGAUUCAAAGAUUUUCAGCGACAGUGUCCACAUCACAACAUCCAAAACUGGCACUUGAUGACGGCUUUCUAUGAAGGCCUACAUGAAAAUUCUCGGAUACUCGUGGACGCGUCAGCAAAUGGAUCACUCAUGUGCCUGGAACUUGAAGAGGCAGAAGAAUUGAUGGAGCGUAUUUCAUCAAAUGGAUCAACAUGGUAUUCUGAGCGAUCAUCUGCUCCACCAAAAAUCGGAGGCAUGUAUGAAGUUGAUCAAAUGUCGGCCAUAACCACAAAGGUCGAUAGCAUGAUGAAUCUUAUCCAAAAGAUGGCACAAGUCUCUCUUGUGCAAAACUCAACAUCAACUCUAGCUCCCAUUCCCGUUCUAAUGUGUGAAUCUUGCGGUGGACAACACAAUCAGUCUACUUGUCCAUGGGAAGCAAUGGAACAAGUUGACUAUGUCAACUACAACAGGCAGCCCCAACAAAAUCAAUUUGGUAAUUUCAAUCCUCAAGGAAGAAACCAUCCCGGUUUUUCCCGGAGCAAUCAAAAUGGAGCUGCUAAUCCACAACCAUCUUAUCGGAGUGCACCACCCGGUUUCCAAAACCAACAACAGCAAUUCAGAGGUGGCCAAGGUAUUGUGAACCAACAACACUAUAAACCCACUCAAAAUCUUCCAUACCCUUCAAGUCAACAGCAAAAACCACUUCUCCCCACUCCUGAAACAACCCAAACUCCUGUCCUAGAAAACAUUGUUGACCAACUUCUCAAGUCCCAAUUAUCUCAAGCUGAAACCCUGAAACAAAUCACCGAAGAACUUGGUCAACUUCGAGCUCACAACAAGAUGCUUGAGAAUCAAAUUGCUAAUCAAGCAUCCACAUCAUCAACUAAGGUGACAGGUAAGCUUCCUGCUUGUCCUGAAAACCCUAGGGAGCAAAUCAAUGUCGUCACUACUCGGAGUGGGAAACAACAUCAAUCCUCGCCCCGUUCUAGUGAUGAACAAGAACAUGAAGUGUUGGAGGAAAGGGCCGAGCAACAACAGAAAGGUGGAAACAACAACAAUGAACUUGAUGUCGGUACCAUGCCGAAAUCAUCUGAUGAUCGUGAAGGGUCGAAGAAAGAAGGAGGCAGUUCGGUAAGGAAAUAUAUUCCCCCAGUUCCUUAUCCGAACAGGUUGAAGAAAGCUAAUAUGGAGGAGCGGAGAACUAAAUUUUUGAAUGUUAUCAAACAGUUGGAUAUCUCAAUUCCUUUGCUUGAUGCGAUUACAGAAAUUCCUUCAUAUGCUAAAUUUCUCAAAGAUAUUCUCACAAAGAAGAAGGAGAAUCCAGUCACUGUUGCAAUGAGCCAAGAAUGUAGUGCCAUAAUCCAAAACAAAAUUACACCCAAGUUACGUGAUCCUGGAAGCUUCUCAAUUCCAUGUAUCAUUGGUGGAUCUAAAGUUAACAAAGCUCUUUGUGAUCUUGGUGCAAGUGUUAGCUUAAUUCCCUAUUCACUAUGUCAAAAGCUACACUUGGGGGAUCCCAAACCAACAACAAUGGCGUUACAAUUGGCUGAUCGAUCUGUCAAAUAUCCUAUCGGCAUUCUUGAAGAUGUUCCUGUCAAAAUUGACAAGUAUUAUAUCCCGGGAGACUUUGUUGUCUUGGAUAUGGAGGAAGAUGCUCGAGUUCCUGUUAUUCUCGGGAGACCUUUUCUAGCCACGGCAGGAGCAAUUAUCAAUGUAAAAAAGGGUACCCUUAUCCUUGAGAUUGGGGAUGAUAAGAUCGAAUUCAAUGUACAAGAGCUGAGUAAGGAUACACCUUGUAUCCUUGAUGGUUACUAUGUUGAUGUUAUAGACUCUUGUAUCAUAAAGACAUUUGAUAAGUCUUAUUGGCUUUCUAAAGAUCCCAUGGAGUACACUAUACGAGAAUCUAUUGCAGAUGAGCAAGCCAAUGAAAUGGUGAAUUUAUGUCUCGAAAUGUUGCAAAGCAUAUCUUUACCGAUGCCUAAAGCACUUAAAUUUGAAGUGCUUAAUCUUGAAGAUCAAUCCUUGAAUGUCAAAGGAAAAGCACCUGAAGUAGAACUCAAACCACUUCCAUCUACUUUAAAAUAUGCUUUUCUUGGCCCGAAUUCCACUUAUCCUGUCAUUGUGAAUGCUGAUUUAGAUCUUCAACAAGUGGAAAGAAUAUUGCAAGUCUUACGAAGCCAUCGCAGAGUUAUUGGCUACACCAUUGAUGAUAUUGUUGGCAUAAAGGCAUCUUAUUGCAUGCACCGCAUUUACUUGGAGGAUGAUCACAAGCCGAACAUUGAGCACCAAAGACGCCUCAACCCGAACAUGAAAGAUGUUGUUAAAAAAGAAAUUCUUAAACUAUUGAGUUCGGGUAUCAUUUUCCCCAUUUCGGACAGUAAAUGGGUAAGUCCUAUCCAUGUGGUGCCAAAGAAAGGAGGAAUUACUGUUGUAAAGAAUGACAAAAACGAGCUGAUUCCUACACGAAUAGUCACUGGAUGGCGCAUGUGCAUUGAUUACCGCAAGCUAAACAAGGCUACUCGGAAAGAUCAUUUUCCACUUCCCUUUAUUGAUCAAUUGCUGGAGAGGAUGGCUAAGCACAAAUAUUUCUGUUUUCUUGACGGAUUCUCUGGAUUUUUCCAAAUCCCAAUUCAUCCGGAUGAUCAAGAAAUGACGACAUUUACAUGUCCUUAUGGUACUUUUGCAUAUCGCAGAAUGCCGUUUGGAUUAUGUAAUGCACCAGGAACCUUUCAACGAUGUAUGCUAGCUAUUUUCUCGGAUCUUGUCGAGGAAAUUAUGGAAGUUUUUAUGGAUGAUUUCUCGGUUUAUGGGAUUUCAUUUGAUGAUUGUCUUGAACAUCUUGAUAAAGUGCUAAGCAAAUGUGAAGAAGCAAAUCUUGUCCUCAACUGGGAAAAAUGUCAUUUCAUGGCAACCGAAGGCAUUGUGCUUGGGCACAAAAUUUCUGAAAAGGGCAUUGAAGUAGACCCGGCAAAGAUAGAAGUAAUUGAGAAAUUGCCACCCCCUUCUUCCAUCAAGGGGAUUCGUAGUUUUCUUGGCCAUGCGGGAUUUUAUCGACGGUUUAUCAAGGAUUUUUCAAAAAUAUCAAAUCCUUUAACCAAUCUUCUCUCAAAAGAUGUGGAGUUUAAUUUUGAUGAAUCUUGCUGCGCCGCAUUUUCAAAACUCAAGUUGGCCUUAACUACUGCACCAAUUAUUAGGCCACCUGAUUGGAGUCUUCCUUUUGAACUCAUGUGUGAUGCAAGCGAUUAUGCCGUGGGAGCCAUUCUGGGUCAACGCAAAGGCAAAGAAGUAUAUGCCAUUUAUUAUGCAAGUCAUACUCUUGAUGAUGCCCAAUCAAAUUAUGCCACAACUGAAAAAGAGUUCCUUGCCAUAAUUUUUGCCAUUGAAAAAUUCCGAUCUUACCUUAUCGGUAGCAAGAUUAUUGUCUAUACCGACCAUGCGGCUAUCAAAUACCUCAUCAACAAAAAAGAUGCAAAACCGAGGUUGUUGCGGUGGAUCUUGUUACUACAAGAGUUCGACAUGGAAAUCCGUGAUAGAAAAGGAUCUGAAAAUGUUGUUGCCGAUCAUUUAUCUCGACUUGAGAUUCCUUGUGAUACCAAGAUGCCAAUCAAUGAUUAUUUCAUUGGGGAACAACUUAUGACUGCUCAAAAUUUUGAUCCAUGGUUUGUCGAUAUUGCAAAUUACCUUUCUCAUGGGGUAAUUCCACAUGGUGCUACACAUACUGAAAAGAAGAAGUUAAAAUAUGACUCCCGCUACUAUCAUUGGGCAGAACCUUUUCUCUAUAGAAGGUGUGCCGAUGGAGUCAUUCGACGGUGUUUGCCCGAAGAUGAAGUUUCAAAUGUCUUGCACCAUUGUCAUUCCUCACCAUAUGGGGGACAUCAUGGAAGCUCUCGUACUGCUGCAAAGAUUUUACAAUCAGGUUUCUUUUGGCCCACUAUUUUCAAAGAUGCAAGCAAAUUUGUGAAAAACUGUGAUCGUUGCCAACGUACCGGUAAUAUUGGAAGAAAGAAUGAAAUGCCUCAACAUGGCAUACUUGAAGUCGAAUUGUUUGACGUGUGGGGGCUCGAUUUUAUGGGGCCAUUUCCAAAAUCAAAUGGGAAAGAGUUCAUCCUUGUAGCUGUUGAUUAUGUUUCUAAAUGGGUAGAAGCAGCUGCCACACAGACAAAUGAUGCCAAAGUGGUGAUCCAAUUCAUUCAGAAAAAUAUUUUCUCCCGAUUCGGAGUUCCACGAUCUUUCAUCACCGACAAUGGUACUCAUUUUUGUAACAAAGCAUUGGAACGUGUCCUUUCCAAAUAUGGGAUUCACCACCGACUCUCAACUCCAUACCACCCGCAAACAAAUGGCCAAGUGGAACUUUCAAACCGAGAAAUCAAAACAAUUCUCGAGAAAGUUGUUAAUCCUUCCCGAAAGGAUUGGGCCGAAAAGCUUGAUGAUGCACUAUGGGCAUAUCGCACUGCUUACAAAAAUCCCAUCGGCACCUCACCAUUCAAAUUGGUGUAUGGGAAAGCAUGUCACCUUCCUGUUGAGGUUGAACACAAAGCAUAUUGGGCAAUCAAGACACUCAACAUGGAUCUUGCAUUGGCGGGUGAGAAACGAUUGUUGCAGCUAAAUGAACUUGAAGAAUUCAGACUUGCAGCUUAUGAUAGCUCAAAACUCUACAAGGAGAGAACAGAAGUUUUGCAUGACCGGGUGAUCAGCCGAAGAAAAUUUGAACGGGGAGAUAAAGUUCUUCUAUUUAACUCACGUUACAAAUUCUUUCCCGGAAAGCUAAAGACCCGAUGGUUGGGUCCAUUUGAAGUACUUGAAGCAUUUCCAUCUGGAGCAGUCCAGUUGUUAAACAAAAGCGGCCAAAAACUCAUGGUAAAUGGACAACGGUUGAAACUAUACCAUGAUGGUGAGAGACAAGAGGCAACUUCUGUGUAUUGCCUCACUGAUCCGAAAUAUGAAUGAAGAGGCAUGGGUCAAGCUAAUGACCUUAAACGAGCGCUUCUUGGGAGGCAACCCAAGUUUGUAAAUUUAAAAAAAAAAAGAACAAAAAAAAAAGGCAAAAAAAAAAUGUCUAGGUUUUUGUUUUUGGACUCUAAAGGGGCCACAUCCGCUCGAAAAGACAUCUCAACAUCAUCCGUCCGCAAUUCAGGGAAGUUUUCUUUACACUCCUUUAAUUUAUUUUCCACUGAGGACAGUGCAAAUUUUAAGUGUGGGGGAGUGGGUAGUUCGACCCUAAUUUCUUGUGUGAAUAUUUUUUCUUUUUCCUUGCUUGUUUGUGUGAUUUUAUUUUCUUUUAUUUUUAUUUUGUGUGUUUGUUUAGAAAAGUAAAGACCAGUCUUGUCCAAAAUACAACAAUAGACAAACAACACAUUAGUUUACACUUUUUGUUACUAGUUACUUCCAUAACUUUUUAAAACUAUUCAUUCACCUCUUUUGACGAAAUGUGGUUUGAGUUUGAGAAGUGUCACUAUAAUUUUUUGAGAGUAACUUAGUAUUAGCUUUGAACUUGAUUCUUUUUAACACUUUAACAUUAAACACCUUAGAUUUUAUUUUUCCAAUUUAUUGGUUAAUAGUUGAAUUAGUGAAAGUUUAUGCAGAUUAAGAUGUUCAUACAUUUAUUCUCCUUGAAAUUUUAUUUGAACUUGACACAUUUAGAAAUGAUUUAGGCCAUCUUUGUUUACCCAUGAAGUCAAACACUAUCCCUUUGUAAAUAAAUAACACUUUCCCUAGUAACCUCGUUUCACCCUUUCAGUAUACAAGUGUAAAAUAUCUUACUUCACUUGUUACUAAUUCUUUUUUAUUUGUAACCUUGUAAAUACAUAACCUUCUGAAGCCCUAUCCAAAGUUAAUCUUUUCUAAUCCUAGAGUAGAUUGUCUUGUUACUUAAGAGUGAAUAAAUGGAGCUACUAUUAAGUGUCAUAUGAGUGAAGUACAUAUUUGUUUGUAAAUUUUGGGGUUAGUUUUUCAUUGUAAUGUUCAGUGUGUGCUCUCUUUGAAAAAAAAAAUCAAAAAAAAGAGAAGAAAAAUUGAAAAAAAGAAGAAAAAAAAACAAAAAAAAAAACAAAGAGGCACAUUAAAUUCUUGUUGUAAUUUCUUUUGUAAAACCCCAUUUUUUUUACUUUUCAUGUUUAUAUUUCUCAUUGUUUUGUAUGCUCCAAGUUGUUGUAAAUUCUUAUGAUGAUCCGCUCAGUAUUAGUACAAUCUAACUUUCUCUGUAUAUUCUUACACCAAACUUUCCUUCCAACUAGCCACACUCAUUAAUCUCGCCACUCACCGAAAAAAGUCCUAAUUGAUCUAUUUGUGUCAUUUUUUGAAUUUAGCGGAUUGGAGAAACUUGUUCUGCAUAACCCGAACUAAUUUAGAUCUAUAGGUGUUUGUGUUAAAAGUUUGAUUUGAAAAUCUUAGUGAUAGGCAAUAAUACUCGGUUUACUCUCAAUGCGUUAUUUUGUGACAUUUCAGGGCAUUGGACCGUUUAGUGGACAUUAGAGGUGGAUAUGUGAUUUAUUUAGUUAUGUUCGUAAAUCUUAUCAAAUUGUGUAUAUUUUUGUGUUUGUUGUUUGUUUUACUUGAGGACAAGCAAAAGCCUAAGUGUGGGGGAUUUGAUGUACUUGUAUUUUACACACUUUUUAGGCUUAGUUUGUUGUUAAUUUUAGUUAUUAAAAUUCUACUUUUGUACAUAUUUUUAUAAUUUGUCGUUAGUUUGUACUUGUGCAGUCCUACACGGGUAUUUUGUAUUUUCAGGUACUUUUGAUGCUAUUUGGAUACAUUAGAGUGAACAAAAGAAGAAAAUAAAAGUUCAAGUUGGAGGUCAAUAAAAGUGGAAUUUCCUUCAAAACAAAUAAGGAGUAAAUUGAAGAAAAGAAGCAAAAAUAAAAAUGGUGGAACUGGGAUUCAAUCCCUGGAGAAAAGGUAGAAGAAUGUCUACUACAACCAGUGUGCUAGGUGAUCAAUGUUGUACAUAUUCAGCUGGCAAUUGUUAUAUUCCUUCUGAACGCGGCAAAGAAAAGAACAAAAUGUUGAAGCCAAGAAUCGAUCCCACGAUCUACGAGUUUUCCCCUGAAGUGCUUAUCCAUUGAGCUACCUGCGACUAUUGAAACUUUACUGCGCUUUGUUGUACAUAAACUCAUCUGUUCCGUAAAUCCCAGCAAUUAAUGAUUAAUCACCUUAUCAUUAUAUUGCCUUAAUCCAUCUUCCUCCACACAUAAGCUCGGACCAACCUCUCUCUAAACAUCCGAGAAACAUUUCCUCCUCCUUCUCUCUUCAUUUCUCAACCCCAAAUCAUCAACCCAUCUUCAACCAUAACUAAUCACUUUCUCAUCCAAGAUUAAGUCAAGAUUAGCAUCAAAGCUCCAAGGAUUGUCAUCUAUCACAAGUUUGAUCUUCCUUAUCUCAUUAAAUCUUGUAUUUUAAUCAUGGAUUCAUCUAUUUCUAUGUUUCCCAACAUGUAUAGCUAAAUAAAUUUGGGGCUAGAAAUUGGUUAAUUAAUUGUUCUUAUCAUGUUUUAAUUUGUAUUGAUUUUAAUUGUUAAGUUUGUUCUAUUUAGAUUGUUGUGUCCAGAAAAUUAAUUAUGUCGUGUUUGUGAUAUAUAUUAUGAGUACUCAAUCAUAAACAUAUUGUUUGUUAAAUACACAAAUGAACACUUUCUGAACACACCGUUAAACUUCUUUUACCUUGUCCCGGAUUGAAGUUUUACGGGAGAAUUUAAUUAUUUAAUUAUAUUAUUUACACCACGGGGUUGGGUAAAUAAUAUAGUUAAUAAUUAAGGUUGCCGUUGCACUUAAACAACUAGUCUCAUUUUGACCAUCACUGGGAAAUGUUGACUAGUUACUUAUUUUAGGUGACUUGUGUUGGGUCCUAAAAUAUUUAUCUACAACUUCUCACAAUCUAUCUAAGAAUAAAAUUAGCAAUUAUGUCUUACAAAUGAGCAUUGAACAAUUAGUUGCCAAUUUCUACCCCUACUUGCUAUUGGUUGAACUUUGUGUUGAUAAAAUCUCUUCUCUCAAUCACUUUUAUUUAAUUAUUUUUCCAAGCAAACAAAAAUCAAAAGAAACGCAUUCCCAACUUUAAUCCUUAGUUUGUGCUUAAUUAUUUUAUUUCCCGCUUCUCUGUGGUUCGACACCCUAC